UUUGAUUUUUGCAAUUUCCAGCUCCGAUAUUAUAAAAAAUCUGAAUUUUAUCCCGUUUCGUCUCUGCGCAUAAUAUUUUAAGUUGACUUAAAUUAAACAGUGAUAGAUUGCUAAACUUUUUGGUAAAUCUUUUAUAUUUUCUUACAAAGCGUUCAUGUGUUAAAUUGAAUUGUGGCGAUUGUCUCAUCUUCUAAGAAAGUUUAGUGAACGAGUGAUUUAUCAUAAUUUAUCACUUUUGGAAUAUAUGCAGAAAUCUCAUCCUCAACGGACUUUAGCUGUUACCGUGUCUUUAUUUCAAUAGCAUAAAGGUGCGCGUCGCCCGUCGUUGUCCAUCGAUUCACACGCUGACAUCGCCUAUACGACUACUGCACUCAUCGAAAGUAUUGACGAGGUGGACAGCGGCGGCGGUGGCUCGACCGAAGUGAUGGUGUACUCUCUCGGCUGGGGCAUGGGCGAGCCGGAGCGGCGAGGCGUGGAGCGCAAACGCACUCAGCCGCCCGCCGCGCACACGCUCUCGCCUGACGACGGCCACGAGGUGGACGUCCUGCCGCUGCACAAUCAAGUGGGCGGUCAUACAAGACUGUUAGUAUUAAACGAUAGCACCGUGAUCAAGCCGCUCAACAUCAGGGAGCUGCAUUUCUACCAGAACAUUCCCGAAGACAUUCAGAGCUUCGUACCCAGAUACAAAGGCGUGAUGCAGGCUUCUCACACGGGUGGCACGAAAUUGGAAAAGCGGUACUCGCCAUGUUUCCGCGACGAGAACGGGCGCAAGCAGUCGCUGGGCGGCAAGCGCAAGCGCGACGACGUGUUCAAGUUUAAAGUACACCGUAACGGCAAUGCUAGCGAAGUGUUAAAGAGCAUUGCGCAUAUGGACAAUUCUAAUAAGCAAUAUUUCCUAAUGAUGGAGAACAUCACCUCGUCGUACCGGCGGCCGUGCGUGCUCGACCUGAAGAUGGGCACGCGGCAGCACGGCGACGACGCGAGCGCCGAGAAGCGCACCAAGCAGAUCGCCAAGUGCGCCGCCAGCACCUCCGCCACGCUCGGCGUGCGGCUCUGCGGCAUGCAGGUGUACGUGCCGGAGACGGGCGCGUGCCUGCGGCGCGACAAGUACUGGGGCCGCGGGCUGACAGAGAGCGGGCUGCGCGACGCGCUGCGCGACUUCUUCGCGGGCGGCGGCGGGCGGCGCGCGCGCGUCGUGCGCCGCGUGCUGCGCGACCUCGACCUGCUGCGCCGCGCCAUCGCCAAGCAGACCUCCUACAGGUUCUACUCGUGCUCUCUAUUAAUAGUAUACGAAGGUGACGUCAGUUUACAUCCGGAAGACUCCGGCGUUUCCACAUCCGAGUACGAGGGCGACGCGUCGAGCAGUUCGGCAGAAAUGGGUCCGUCCCCCGGGCACUUCGACAUGUCCACCCUGAACGACGAGAUGCCCAACUCGGAGCGCAAGCGCGAGCCGUUCCAGCCGCACUGCGAGGAGACGAUGGGCGGGUACGAGGAGGGCGAGGCGGGCGGGCCGGCGUCGCCGCGGGCGCACCCGCCCAGCCCCGACUCGGCCGACAGCUGGAUGGCGUACUCGUCCGCCAGCAGCGAGUCGUGGCGCGCGGAGGGCGAGGCGGAGGGCGAGCGCGAGGCGGAGGGCGGCAAGCGGCCCCGCACGCGGCCCGCGUGGCGCGCGCCCGACGAGCGCGUGGACAUCCGCAUGAUCGACUUCGCGCACACGGCGUACGCGGGCGCCGCGGCCGAGUCGCCGCUGGCCACGGCCACGCCGCACGACGGGCCCGACUGCGGCUUCCUCACGGGCGUGGACUCGCUCAAGCGGCUGCUCACGGAGAUCCUGCUGCCGCCGCCCUACAGUUAAUGAGCGCCGCGCCAGUGCGUCGGAUGCUCCCGGACUAUCCCUUGAACUGUGAACCGUUCGACUGACUUUAUAAAUAGUGAGUUACAUAAGUGGAUCGCUGCGCUACGCGGCGGGACGUUCUCAGGGUAAUUUCGUUUCGAUAUCUCAUCGUCGUCCACGUACGGAAGCAGCGGUCAUAGCACUUAGUGAAUGUUGGCGGUACAAAAUCUAUUAUUUAAAUGUUAAAAUAAAUUCAACGGGACCCAGUAGGUGUUCAGACUUGUUUAAGUAUUAUCAUAUAAGUUAUUCCAGAUUGACAU